GUGGAACUCUCUAAUGGUGGAGGUAUGGUUGUGAUACAAACCAAAACAAAAAAUAUGGCCGCUGUGGCCUGGGUCAUUCUCCAGCUGUUCCUGUUUUUUGUGAAACACAGCAAACGACACCCUUUAUGGGCGCUCAUAAAUAUAUGCAUGGUGCUGCUGGCUCCAGCCAUUGCUGCUUCUGACAGUUCGGCUUCAAUAGAAGUGAGACUUUGUGAUAAACUAAGUCACCAACCUAAGCUGUCAAAAUCUGACAGCUCAUCGUCAUCAGCUGUGUCUAUUGACUCGUCUGAUGUUAUUGCUGAAAACAUUCAGGGUAAAUUUGCAACUGUCGGACAGAAGAAACAGGCUGAUGGAAGGCUACAUAUGCUAUCAUCAGAUUGUGGUGAGGAUGACGAGAAAGAGUAUGCUCGUCUCCCUGGGGAUUGGAUUGCAGUUUUCCACUACUCUGAGAGAAGUGUUACCUCUGACAAUGCAACAAGGGGCUGUCCCUCUGUCAUAGACAGGAUGCAGAAGGCUUUGAUGUUUGGAGCUUCAGCAAUAAUAAUCUUGACUUUGAACCCCAAAAUUAUUAAAGAGCUUGAGGUGAAGCAGUUACUGGCCUACCCUGUGGUGGUAGUGGAGUCCCUGGAAAACAUCACUAACUUUGUGGCUGUGUUAAGGAGCAAGGUGAAGACCCGGGCCAAGGUGACCAUUCACAAAGUACUGGCUUAUUGGCAGAAAUUCCCCACAUUGACUCUCUGGGCCACAUGCGGCCGGCCAAAUGGACGCAGCUUUCAUGAGUGGGAUGGAGUUAUCUGCCUUGGUACUAAAGAAGAAGCUGGAGACCAAGGCAAGGCGGAUCCAGCGCAGUUCUGGAACUUUUUCUACACAGCGGCUUUUUUGCUUUUGUUAUUACUUGUGAUGAAAGCACGAAUGAGAGAUGGACACCUCAAUGGGACUGACGAUGUGGAGAUUGCCUUAAGAAAGCUUGCCCACCAAGCCCUGUCUAGGAUGAUGACAAGGAAAUGGCCGCGGAGUCAGGACCAGGAAAUAUGUGCCAUCUGUUUGGACUACUUCACACCAAAGCAGAAAUUACGAGUUCUUCCUUGUGGUCAUGAGUUCCACACAAAAUGUGUUGACCCAUGGCUUGUCAAAAACCGCACCUGUCCACUCUGUAAACUCAAUAUUGUAGAGAAGAUGGCUGUCAAGUGAAGAAAAGUGCUAUUAGGAGCUCAAACAAUCAACCAUUUUACUGGACCAGCGAAUGUUAGAAGUGAAACGUGGAUAUUUUGUUUCAGGAAUUUAUGAUAAAUCUACCACUGUAGAUCCCCACCGUGUUGUAGUGAGCUUCCAGCUGAAUAAACUCUUCCUUAACACACACCUGAUUCUCCAUCAGACCAGGGUGACCCUGUAUCUAAUCAGCCUUGAACAGUUAAUAUUAAUCAUUGUUGCAAUGCACAUACAUGUAUAUGGAAUUUCUGAUUGUGAUGUACAGAAAGAACAUUUAGUGUGCAACACAACUACAUAGUCCAGAGAGAGACCAGUAUCGCUGGGGUCAGUUUAAUUGUUACAUGCAUUCUGUGAUGUGUGCUGCCUGAUUUCUUGAACCGGUGAUCCGCCAUUCCACUUUUACCUAUAUUCCAAAAAUCUUUCUUAAAUUCCAAGUAUCGAUGAAUCAUUGAAUGUAUCUAAUCUUAAAAGUUUCAGGAUUAAUUGCAAUCAUGCCAUCUUUCAUUUCACACUACUAUACCACCAUUUUAGGAACGUUUAUUUUCUUCUUAGCAUGGUAAAUAAUGUAAAAAAUAUUUACAAGAUUUUCUGACGUCUCCAUAAAGGUAUGAAUGGAAUUUGGUUUUCAAAUACAUGCAGGUGACCGAAGUGAAUCUCAUUUUAGGCGCUACACUUGUAUCGACAUGCAACUGUUUCUUAUGGCGAGGUUAAUUUCUGUUGUUCGUUUCAUAUUUUAUGAAAUGGGUAUCUUAUUGGAAUUUGUGUUUUUGUUGUUCCAGUUGAAGCUACCAACCUUUCAGGGAAAGUUUAUGAUUCUUGAAUAUAUUUCAUUUCAUAAAUGUAUGAUCACCUUUACAAGUGUUACAAACUUAAGUAUAGGCACUGAAAUAGUACAAUGGGCAAUUUGUGAAAUGGAUUUAAAGUUGGAUUGUUUUCCUCUGUAGAAUAUUGAGGUCUUUCUAAAAACGUUUUACUUUACUAUUUGUUAAUUAAUUCUGUUAUUGAGUAAAAGCAAACGUUUAGAAAGACUUAUUACACUGCGUUUAAUUCAGCUGGAAUGAUGUAAAAUUCUAAUUCAAACCCAAAUUAUGAAAUAAAAUAUAUGUAUUUAAUGUAACACUCUCGUGCACAAGAUUUUGUAGAGAGUUUUUGCUAAUUUGAUUUUGCCAAAUGUGUAAAAAGCAAUUUUCCUUUAGAAAACUGGAAUUUUAAAGAAUUCAAAUUUUCUUAACGAGAACAGUUCUAUCAAAAGUUAUUUAUAAAUUUUACUGAAAAGUACAUAGAUUUAAUGCAUUUUCUGAAUUUAUUUAAGCAUUGAAAUGCUCUUAGUUGGAAGUUAUGGGCUGAUGAAUGCCAACUGGACAAAGGCAAAUUUAAUGAAGCGCACUAUUUGCCAAAAUAUAAAGGGAUUUUUUCAGUACAAAUCUAGUCUGUGAAGUACAAUUUGCUGUUUACCAUUUAUAGUAUAAUUCAUACAUAUAUAAACAUUGUAUGUGUAUAAGAUGUGCUGUAUUUUCCUACAGAUUAAUAUAGUACAUGUAAUUAUUUUAAAAACAUCCCAAACUGAAUAUUAUUUACAAUGACCCCGUUCGGUUAUCCAGAUCAUCAGUUGUCUCAGUGAGACGUUCCUGAUUGCGUAUACCUAGACGAUAUUAUCCAGUAAAGUACAAAUAUAUGAAAAAUCAUAUUUCUGUACCUAAAUUCAGCGACUUAUAUAUAUUCAGACAACGGAUUUUGUAAGAUUAUCUACAGACAUAGGAAUACUACAGAGAAGACACUAAUUACAUUAUAAAAACAUAAGCGAAUACCAGGUUUGGGUAUGAAUUUAAUGAUACUUGUGAAAUACACUACAUGUAUAUCUAUAGGCCAAAAGUGUUGCAAUAAAAAACGGGAGGCGAAGUAAAGAAUUUUUAAACGGCUUCGGCAAAUCUCAGAAUGCUUCUUUGAUCAAUUUUUAUUUUGAAAUCUGAUAAAAAACAUAAAUUAUUAUAUUUUAUAUUUUGUUAAAGUAUAACUUAUAUUUUAUAUUUUGUUUAAGUAUAACUUACUGACAUAUGUACCCCGGUUUGUUGUUAUUUAUUCAUAAAGAUUCGGUGUUGUCUGGACCCCAGCGAACAACACUUAUAUAGUUAUAUACUAUAAGCAUACCCAAUUUGGCGCACUCACAUUAUAGCACAAACCAAAUUAAAACAGAUUUGUGUCAUGAUGAGUUGGUGCUACCGCAAUGCUUUUCACACAAAACAAUGUACAGAAACUGUAAUCGUAAGUUCGGGGGACGUUUCAAGUAUCAUAAGAUUAUUGCUAAAUUGUAUAUGUUUACAGUAUCGUAAUGUUAUUAUUAAGAUAAUAUUUUCACUUUGUUGAUAAAACAUAUACUUUGGGUUGUUUUAAGUUAUUCACUUUUUAAUGGGGCGAAGUUUUUUGUUAGCAUAUCAACCAAUCACAUAUAUCAACAAAAAUGAACAUCAGGAAAACGUGCCAAAUAUGACACACAAAAGUAGAUUAACAGUUUAGUAUAAUUAAUCACCGAGUGAUAUAUAAAUUUAAUAAGGAAUUAUGUGGUCAUUGUUUCGUUGAAGAUAUUAUGUAAGAUACAUAUCGUCAAAUAUUCUUUUUAUACCUCAUUUUAGCUGCAAAUACCAAAUGUGAUUGAAAAGUGGUGAUUUGAAAAGUGAUGAUUCGAUAUGGUUAAUGAGCUUAUCAUCUACAUGUGCAUAUAUAUACAAAGAGGAAAUGAUUUUGGUAUAACAUGGGCAUUUAUUUGUAAAAUUUGUUCAACUAGUCAACAAUGAAACGUUAUAAUUACAGUUUUUGACGGCCUAGCUGUUUCUGUUCAAAAGGAAUGUUUUUUUUUUUUAAUUUUUGCUCUUGAUGUGAUUUAAUGACUUCGCCAUAUACAGUUGUAGUUAGUGUAUGAUGAUAUCAAGAUAUUUCAAAAUAGCAUAUUCUUAUUCCUGCUCUUAUUAAACUAAUACGACACUUAAUUAUUUACUGUAUUAAUUAGCACACAUUAAGCAACAGACUGGCUGUACAAACAAGAAAAACACUGCGAAAUUGGCAGUAAUAUAGAAUAUUUGAAACAAAUACAAAACUGUACCAUAAGUUAUUAACUGAAUAAAUCUGUUAGAAAAAUAUCUUGCAACAUAUCGAAGAUCAUUAACUCUAGUUUGAAAGAUUUUUUUUCAAAAUUAGACUGAAAGUGUCAAAUGCACCUUCCUCAUCUGAUUGAAAGAAUGAUUGGUCGUCGUUCAUUGUUUCAAAUUAAAAUUUUUAUGUAUGUGAGAAGUAGUCAUUUUUUAUUGUAUUUUGGCGACUUUUGUUUUGUUUUUUAAAGUAAUCUGUCGAUGUGUGAUGACAAUGAUUUUACUGGGUUCACUACUAUUAUUUUACCGUUGUUUACAUAUUUACCUGUUGUUUAGUGCAAUCAUUUUCAUAUUUAAUUCUGGUUUUAACCAUUUAUUAUUAUCGAGAUAUUAUCUAAUUUGUUCAUGUGUCAAAUCGAGUGAGUUUUAUCUGUUAUAUCACUAGUAUUGCGUAUAUUGGUGUUCGUCUAUAUACUUAUAUAGAAUCUAUAUGCUGCCCGAUGCUUUAAGAUGUACUGUUGUUACGUGAAUUGAUACAAAUCUGAAAUAUUUCAGCUUGUAACUUCCUGUUUAUAAUGUUUUGAUUGAUAUAUUCUUCCGGGUACUGUCAAAGAUGCUAUAGCGCCGACAGUGUAAACACAGAUUGUGUAAAUAAAAAUCAAACCAAAAAAGUAUCGCUCGUUAGACCGAAAGUUACGUAACAAAUCUUCGUGACGCAACUUUUUAUGAAUUCGCUUUGAAUUAAAAAAAAAACUCAACCUUUUGGAAGGUAGUAAAAGCUAAAGUAUGUAACGUUUGGUAUUGUAUAAAAUAUUCAGCACCAUUUUGUUGUUUUCAGUUAAUCAUGAUGUCUGUUAAGGCGGCGAUAUAGCAUCUAAUUAACAAAUAAUAAUUAAAAAAAUAAAUAAAUGAAAAUAUUAAAACGGAUAAAUGUGUGAAACUGAGGAUAAGUUUAAAAUAUAACAUUUUUGGAUCUCGGAAGGGGAACAUGUAUGGUUUUACCUGUUUAAAUCGCACUUGACCCACUGACCCAGCCUUUCACCGUCCCUGACGCUCAAGCAGUUUUGAAAAAAAAAGUUGCUAGCACUAUGAUGACAUAAACGGUUCAAGUAAGCUAGUUUUUGUGAGGAGAUGGAUUGCAACAGAAAAUGAUAGAGCGUGCUAUUAAGGGAUGGGGCGCCUACUUUUAGUUUAAGGUCCUGUCGCGCUUACAAGAAUUUAUACCAGUGGUUCCUGGUGACGACCCCGCGGGCAGGUACACAUAUUAUAUACUUGUCAGCCCCAGGAUUACAAGCUAUACACAUGUAACUCUGGCUCUGAUAUAGGAUAUACCGGGUAUGGUGUGAACGCCCCAAGGGAAUAAACAAGUCGCGGUAAGCUGUCGGUCGCCGAAACAGCAGUUAUACUGUCUCCAUAGUUAAUGAUUUUGUUUCCACGAUAAACAAGAAUGAUUAAAGUAAAUAACUUUCAAGUUCUUUCUAUUACUGAUAAGGAUGUUUAUAUGACAUGAUUCGAAAUCUACCACAUCAAAAGUGCCAGCUCAGGUAAUUUUCUUUGGAAGUAAGGGGUUUGAUUUUCUGCCUCGAAAACUUGAAAUUGUGUUAGAAUUGAAAUGCAAGUCCAUUGGUUUUGAUUAUAAAUAUUGAUACGAGACAUCUUAUUUCAUGUUCUCUUCCCAACUGUGAACAGUACAUUUUAAGUAGAUACUGUUUAUAAGGUUAACGUUAUCAUCAUCAAAAUGACUCCCAAUUGUCUAUCUUAUAAAAACUAUACAUAUCUAUGUUCGCUUAGUGAAGUGUUAACAUCAUGUAUAAAUUAAAUGAUCUUUUUUCUUCAAUUUGAUGUUAUAGCAACCAUUUUAGGAACUUCAUGUUGACGGAUAGUUUAUUUUAAGUUUUAAGUAGAUAGAUAAUUUAUUUAAUCAAUGGUAACAUAGAACAAGCAUUAUAUUUUUAGGACAAGAAUAUGGGUAGAUAUUUGUAGAGGGAAUUGGUACAUAACCUACAUGUCAAUACGUUACAUCUUCAUAACUUAUAAACAUAAACUAUUUAAUUUAUCAUAUACAUAUUUUAUAAAUACUGAUAAAAUAUUGAUAAUAUACAUAACUUCUCACAAUGCCUUCAUUGUUCCUUUUUGCAUUGUCUCCUGAAAGCACGGUCACGAUGCCUUUCAGAACUGCUGGAGAUGAUUUGUUCAACGCUUUGCCUUCCUUUAUUUUAGCAUCUGAAACAAAUUCAUAUGAAAUAUGUUAUGACGAAUUACAAAGGAAGAUUUUCUAUAAAAAAUUAGUUUUCGAGAAAAUCAACAAUAUAUAAAAGUGAACGGGAGGUAUAUAUACAGUAUAUAGUUUUGAAGGCUGCAUAUUUAACAACAAGAUUAGAGUGUUUACAUUUCUAAUGCUAACAUCUUGUAAUGUUUACAUACUGUACCACGUUGUACACAUGUAAAGCUUCGUGACUGUUCUACAGAUGCUCCAUUUCGUAAAUAAGGGAAUUUAUCUCCCUUAUCUUCCAUAUUUUACUAUUUAUAGUUAACAGCUCUACUGAUUUUUCCCCGAAUCGUCAUACUUCAGAUAGGUACCAUACUGAUAUAGGUGAUUUUUAGUUUUUAUUUAUAUUCAUCGCUUACACAGGUAUUCGAUGUAAGAGUUUUCUGAAAUGAAAAUUAACUUUCCUUUAAAAUGAAAUGAGUCAGUAAAUAAUGAAAUCGUUAAAAAUGUUCCCUUCGAAAACCGUGCCUCCCUGACUGAUUCAUUCAAGUCGACAAUGAAAUGUAAAUGUACCUAUUUUUUUACGCCCAAUCAAAAUCGGACAGAUAAGCGGAUUAAUAGCUAACACAACAACAGUUCUUGCAAUUAGAGCAAUUGUCAUUUAGCGGAUGCUCCAAGGCAAACAUCUCUAAAAUAAUAAUACUGCUCAAAUAGGUACAUUUACAAUGUUUUCACACGAGAACAAUUUUAGCUGUUGCAUUACUUAUUUCACAUAUUAAUAAAUUUUGAGAUCAAAAUGUUUUGAAAGGCAAUAUCUUUAUUAAUUUUGAAUGCUUUAUAUUUACGGUAAGACUGCUUAGCUAGGUUAAUGAUCGAUGAGAACCUUACCCUAUAUUAACAACACCUACAUUGUAAGUCCCAGUGAUAUUGGCCGUGUCCAGUGUUGCACGUUUAUCAUAAUAAUACAUGUGUAUGCUAUAUAUAUAUAUGUUAUACAUACCGUUGUCAUUUGUCUCCCAUAUGAUGUUACAGCAAUGCAAUAAAUCUACAUUGAUAGAUCUGA